AUGAGCGAUGAGUUCAAGACUGACCCCACGAUUACAGCCGCAUUGCUUCGGAUGCAUUUUCACGACUGUUUUGUUGGGGGCUGCGACGGUUCUAUCCUCAUAAACUCAACAGAUUCGACAACGGAAAGAGUCGGUCCAAACUUGAGCGUGAGAGGCUUCAACCUGAUCGACAAGAUCAAGGCCACGCUUGAGGCUCAAUGUCCCUCCAACGUCUCUUGCGCUGACAUAAUCGCCAUCGCCACACGUGACUCGGUGGCCUUAGCUGGAGGUCCGAGCUACAACAUUCCCACGGGGCGGCGCGAUGGCUUAAAAACGAAUGGAGACGGCGUUUUCGACCUUAUCGGACCAACCGCCUCUGUUGCUGCGUUUCUCAAGUUCUUUGGGGACAAAUUGUUGAACACGUUCGAUGCGGUUGCUCUUUUGGGUGCACACACGGUUGGUGUGGGUUCUUGUGAUCUAUUCAAAGAUCGGCUCACGAAUUUUAACGGAACCGAACAGCCCGACCCAUCCAUGGACUCCGGUUUGGUUUCAAACCUAACCACCAUAUGUGCGGCCUCAGCGAACCCAUCAACGGGAUUAGACCGGUCAACGCCGUUGACUUUUGAUAACGCCUUCUUUGGGCAAAUCCGUUUGAAGAGAGGAGUUUUGCAACUUGACCAGCGGCUCGCAACCGACGAAGCUACUUCUAGUGUGGUGGCUCAGUAUGCAGCCGACAACGACUUAUUCAAACGCCAGUUUGCAAUCGCAAUGGUGAAGUUGGGAGCCGUUGGUGUCUUUACCGGUGAAGACGGUGAGAUCAGGACGAAUUGUUGGGCAUUCAACGACAAUUAA